CUAAACCGACGACCCUUUGAGGUUAUAUUUUGCAUUAGAUUAGUCUUAGUCAAAUCGCGUGAUAAAUCCAUUUUGAAGUUGAAAACAAAACACAGGGCAUGCAUGAGUGGUGAACAGGACAUUGUUUCAUUGUCUUUUAUCUGAUACGGUUACCACGUUUCUGUAUAUCAUCACUUCAACAACGUUAUUGAUUGUAAAUAAUAACUUGCAAGUUUGUAAAAUCUUGGAAAUUUUUUUGAUGGCGAUGGGUUCAAACAAGGUUCCAGAGAGAUUACAAGCUCUGCUUCAUCACUUUCGAUCUUCAAACUCGCUACCCAACAUCACCAAUCUCAGCCGCGACCAGUUCAAUUCGAAUCCGACAAAGAGAGCCGCAGUUCUCAUCUGUCUCUUCGAAGAUUCCGAUGGCAAUCUGCGAGUGUUUCUCACCCAGCGAGCUUCUUCUCUGUCAACACACUCCGGUGAGGUUGCUUUGCCCGGUGGCAAGAGGGAAGAAGGUGAUGCUGAUGAUGUAGAAACGGCGUUGAGGGAGGCUAAGGAGGAGAUUGGCUUGGAUCCUUCUCUUGUUACUGUCAUCACUCUGCUUGAACCCUUCCAUACCAAGUAUGGCAUUACAAUAAUACCCGUUGUUGGAAUGCUGUCCGACAAGGAUGUAUUUUCCCCAGUUUUAAACGCAGCUGAAGUAGAAACUAUAUUUGAUGUUCCACUAGAGAUGUUCCUCAAGAAUGAUAAUAGGAGGGCUGAUGAAAGAGAAUGGAUGGGAGAGAAGUACCUUCGACAUUAUUUCGAUUAUGAGGUUGAGAAUAAGAAGUAUGUCAUCUGGGCUGUAACUGCAGCAAUGUUAAUUAGGGCAGCUACCGUUAUACUUCAGCGACCGCCAGCUUUUCUGGAGAAGAGGCCUAAAAUCUGGGGAGGAAUUACUGAAAGUGACAGGAUAAUGCUACAGAAUAGUUCUUCUAAACAAUGAUGCUAUUAUCCAAUUGACUCCGCCUACUGUAUGUAUGCCUACUGAAAGUGACAGCUUUUGAUUGUUCAAGUUGAUUUUUUGUAUCAAGUCUAACAGCACAUCAAAUGUUGAUUAAUAGCUUUAGUUAGCUUCAAUAUGUGCAAUUUACUGAUUUCUUUUUCUAGUGUUGCAAACUGUGAUCCAAUCUGAUAGCUAGUACCCUUUUCUGAUCAUAAUGUGAUUGCUGAUGGAAUCCAGCGUACCGUA